AUGACUCAACCAAAUUUAAUGUUGUAUUCUUUUGGAUUAGAACCUGAUAUUAUAGAUAAAUUAUUAAAUUUAAUUAAUGAAAAUGAAGAACUUAAAGAAAAACGUAUUAAAGAUAAACAUAUAAUUUGUGUGGGUGUUUAA